AUGCUUGGUAUCCAGCAAGACCGGUGGCGCCGGCCGACGGGCCACUACUGGAUAGCAGCCUUCUUCUUAUCCAUCUUCCUAGUGGCCAUAGCUCUUUACUACAGCGCCACCGAUCAGCCUCCAAACGCAGUCGGAGGGAACAAUCGGCCGUCGAGGCAGAUAUACGCCACCUACCUGACGGCGCCGUCGGCGGACCAAUCCGUCACCUCGCAGCCGCACGGCUUCGGCGACGACGACCCGUACUUCGUCGGCGUGCGCCUGCUCAACUACCAGCUCCGCCACGCGCCCGAGACGCGCACCCGGCGCGGGCUCCCCUUCGUCGUCUUCGUCACGCCGGCCGUCGAGCACGCAAAGCGGAGCGUCCUCCUCGCCGAGGGCGCCGACGUGGUCGAGAUCGCGCACCUGGGCGCCGACUGGAUCCACCCGCCGCAGCAGCGCUGGGCCGACGUCCUGACGAAGCUGCGCAUGUGGGAGUUCGAGGACGCGUACGACCGCGUCGCCUUCCUCGACAGCGACAUGCUGCUGACGGCGCCGCUCGACGGCCUCUUCGACGAGCCCGCGGCCGCGGCGCCGCGCCGCACCCUCGACCGCCCCAACGCCACGCUGCCCGACGAGGCGCCCCUGCCCGGCUCGUACGUCAUGGCCGGCGUGCCGCAGGCCGACCUGCUGCAGUGGCCGUCGUUCGCCCGGACCCCCAACUACGCGCAGAUGAACGCGGGCCUGAUGGUGUUUAAGCCGUCGCGCGCCCUCUUCGCCCACUACGAGUCGGUGCUGCGCAUCCCCGGCCGCUUCGACCCGACGCUGCCCGAGCAGUUCUUGCUGAACUACGUGCACCGCGCCGACCGGAGCAUGCCGUGGUCGGCGUUGGACCUGAGUUGGCAGGCGCAGUACCCCAAUGCCGAGGACAUCGCCAGCGGCGUGCGCGUCUUGCACGACAAGUGGUGGAAUCCGUGGAUCAAGAACGAUACGGCCGAGCUUUUCCAUGCGUGGCGCUGGCGUAUGGAGGGCUUCUAUGAGGGCCUUAGGGGCGAGGUUUAUGAGCCGGCGUACUAUAGACAUGAGGGAACGACUGAGGGUUAG